AAAAGACGAACCAUCAAACUUUGCCUCAACUUCCAAUGAUGACGAGAUUCUAAAGGAUAUUUCUUGCAAUUUGCAUAAGCAAGAUGAAGAAUCUUCAUCUAUCAUCCUUAAACAGACUACAUUUCAGCAACUGAGAGAACAACCUUCUUCAUCAACCUCAAAUGAACAUCUAAUGGACGUAAAAUUAGGGUAUAAAGAAUCUUCUCAUUUAGGUGAGAGUGGGCAGCAGAAAGAAGACUUAAAAACUUUUGAUUUGUUGGACCCAGGAAGUUGGCCAAUCACAGAAAAAAUGAAGGAUCAGCAACGAUCUUUCUUAAGCAGUCAGGCUGUAUUAUUAGCAAAAAAGCAUCCAGAAAAUAUAGACCUUAGGUCCACUGAACAGGAUGGCAGACAUUUAACUUCUUCAUUGUGGUACAGAACAUUAGCAAAUAGUGAAAAGUUUAAAAGAUCUUGGCUUGUAUAUUCUAAACCUAAAAAUGCAAUUUUUUGUUCACCCUGUAAGAUUUACCAGAAACAUGCCACUGCCACUACAUCAGCAUUGUGUACUACAGGAUUCAUUAAUAGGAAAAAAAGCUUCAGAAAGGUUAACUGA